AUGGAAUACCUAGGACACACCAACACUGCCACUUACACUUCUGGCCCAAGAAUAGGAGGCAGCAAUUACCAAAGUUUUCUGCCGUCCAUCGGCAGCGCUCAGAAUUUCCGAACCACGGACAGUUUCCCUGCCCCUUCCCCAAUGAGGCGAUCCAUGACUACCCUUCCCUGGAAACCCAGCACCCACUACCAGACUGCCCGGGUCAACCCGUCAACGGCCUUAACGAGCAGUAUGCCCGACCCUAUGUCCUUGAGAAACCAGCUGGGAGAGAUGGAUGUCAGCACGACACCAUCUGUAUUCGCCGCAGCCAGGAACUCUCUCUACACCCGCUACACCCCGAGCGACUGGAUGAACUCUAACCAGAGCAAUUACCUGGCCUCCGACCGGGUCCGAACGGCUGCCGAGCGACUCCGACUUGAUACGGUGCGUCUGUGUCAAGAAACUGACGACAAAACGAAGAGAACCCAGAGCGAUGUGGGCAAGCGCCUGGGCCACAGGGUUGGAGAUAUCCACUUCUGGAAGACAGAAUUACAGAACGAAACAGACCAGAUGCUGACCGAAAUCCACAGUCUGAAUGAGUCUAAACGCGUUCUGGAGAAGGUUCUGCAAGAGACAGAGAACCCCCUGAAGGUCGCCCAGGAAUGUUUGUACCACCGAGAGAAGAGACAGGCCAUUGAUCUAGUCCAUGAUCAUGUGGAGAAGGAGCUGAUCAGGGAGGUUGACGUGAUCAAGAAGUGCCAACAAAAGAUGAGACAGACAAUCGAAAAGGCCAAUGUACAACUAAGCCUGAACCGCGCCGCCCAACACGAACUGGAGAAGGACACAGGCGAUAAAUUUACCGCCCAUAAUUUGGACUCGGCUUGUCACCAACUCCGAAACUCAUCCCGAGGAAUCGCCUAUCGCAAUGGUGUCAACCAUAUAGAUAACACGGUGUCUGUUCCGGAGACCUGGGCUAAUUUCAGCAACAACAACAUUCAGCGUUCCCAGAGUGAGCGUGCUGCCUCCAAACAGAUGAGGAACGAGAUUGAGAGUGUGCUGAACCAGUGCUCUAACGAGAUGUGGCAGGAAUGGAACGCCGUUAACUUCAACUUCACUCAGAGAAUCCAGGAAUCGAGCGAAGCCAGAAACCGGCUACAGAACCAUCUGUCAAAGGUUCUGCAAGAGAUUUUCGACAUGGAGAAAAACAUUGAACUGUUGAAAAAGUCCAUCCAGGAUAAGGAAGCGCCAAUGCAGGUGGCCCAGACCCGCUUGGAUACCCGACUCAGGAGGCCCAAUGUGGAGCUGUGCCGAGAUCCCGUACAGCACAGACUUGUGGAAGAGGUAUCGGAAAUUACUUCAACCGUGGAUGCGUUACAGGCCAAGCUGCGAUUGGCUGAGAACGCUCUCCAGCAGUUGCUCCGCACUAAAUCUACCCUUGAACAAGAUUUAUCUGUGAAGAACAACAGCAUUUACAUCGACAGAGAGAGUUGCAUGGGUAUGCGCAAGACCUUCCCCAUGUCGUCAAGGAUGAUUUCCGCAUAA